AUGACAAUCAAUAAAUCUGAAAGGAAAUUUCAGUAUGCAGAAAGAUUGCAACAAUCCGGUCAGAAACCUAAGGAUUUAAACGUGCAUGCAAGAUCUCAGUGGCAAUGGACUUGGACUAAAAUGUUACUCUCUCUCUGCAUCCUCUCUGCAUCAAUACCAUUUCUUCUGUAUCUCUUCUCUGACUCUAUUGACCUCAGCCGACCUUCAGAUAUAGGGCUCAAUCACACUAUAAACAUGUACCUCACACCUGAGCAGGGGGUGAGGGUGGGCGUGUGGCACACUGUACCCGAACAUAGAUGGAAGGAGGCGCAGGGGAAGGAUCUAGACUGGUACGAGAAAGCUCUGGGGGACGGAUCACCCAUUUUCAUCUACCUCCAUGGCAAUGGGGGUAACAGAUCUGCACCCCAUCGAAUUGGAAUUGCAAAUGUCUUGAGUGCUGUUGGAUAUCACGCUUUGGUGAUGGACUACAGAGGUUUUGGGGACUCCACUGGUGAGCCUACAGAGGCCGGUCUGACUACUGAUGUCUUAUACUUGUACCACUGGGUUAAGGCACGUAGUGGAAACAGCCCUGUGUGUGUGUGGGGUCACUCUCUUGGUAGUGGUGUUGCAUCUACCACUGCCGUUAAAUUACUAGAACAAGGAAAACAGUUUAAUGGAAUAAUUCUUGAGGGUGCAUUCCUAAAUGCGAGGAUGGAAACUAAUAAACUUACCGAACACCCUUUUACCUGGUUUUAUUGGAAGUUCCCAUACAUUCAGUACUUCUUGUUCAAUCCACUGAAAAACAAAGAUUUGAACCUUCCAACUGAUGAGAAUUUGCAAAAACUUCGAACUCCCCUCAUGAUUCUCCAUGCUGAAGAUGACCAUUUAGUGCCCUUUGCCUCAGCUCAGGAGGUUGUAUUAAACGUAAUUUACCUUAUGAAAAAUUAUUUAGAAAUACUUUUUUUUUUUACUUUACAUGUUUUUUUGUUUUUUUUUUGA